UGCAACAUAACGGGACCUCGAGAUUUGCUCCACUGCUUCACUCCACUGUUGGCGCCGCAAGACGCGUUAGUAACGUACACGGGUGUACGUUCCCAUUUCUCUUGCGCUUGUGCAUCUGCCCUCGGCAACCGAGGUACACUCAUUUAUCGUGAUAUCGUAGCUGUGUUGCUCGCUUACCCUAUAUUUCCGUUUCGCAAGCCAUCAGCUCCAGUAGCAGCAAAGCAGCAUGAGCUCGGAUUCCUCGUUUGCGCGGCACGGAAGCGCUGCCAGCUUAAACAGUAGUGACAAUAGCGAAGGCAGCGGCGGAGUGGCGAUCGGAUGUUUCGGCGGAGGCGGAGGCAGGGCGGGGGAUGGGGGGAGUAACAGCGGUAGCACACACAGCAGAAGCGCACAGGGGGACGGAAGCCCUCACAACGGUAACGGGAGCAGCUAUAACGGGGACAGAGCUGUAGAUAGCGUUGCGGGCUUGGCUGGAGGAGGGGCGGAACCGGUGCGCAGUGCGCGGAAGGGUGGCGUGCGCGAAGCGAGGGGGAGCUCGCGGAGGGUACCGCGGGGAGGGUUCUCGUCUCAUUCCGCGAAGCUGCUUCUAUGCGGUCUGGUUCCCUCUCAUGUGCAUGGGGAGGACGAGGGCGAGGAGGAGGAUCAGGAGGAGGAGAAGGAGAAGGAGAAGGGGGGUGGGAGGGAGGAGGAAGGAAGAAAUGAGGCAGAGGGGAAAGAGAGGGAAGGGGAAGCUGAAGAGGCGAAGGAACAGCACGCGAGCAAGCGCGGGGGAGAGGAGGACCUGGAUACUCCCUGCAACCUAUCCUCACCAGUCUGCACCGCUGAAAGCCCUGACGCUAGCGGUAGGCGGAACAGCGACAGUCCAAUCAGUGCGCGUCUAAGAAAAGGCGACGAAUCCGCGUGUGAUUUUAACGAGGCUGGCAGCGCCGGCAGGUCUGGCAGGUGGGGCACCUCGUUAGUAGCACCUCGGACGCUGAGCAGGGUGCUAUCUCUAGGAGGCUCUAAGGCGAAGGCCCAGCUUAAGGACGUGUACCAAAGCUUCAGUAAGGGUUCAGGGAAGGGGGAGCAGGGGGGAGCAAGCCCACAGGAGGGUUCUGUUCGCAGCAAUCUCGGCAGCAGCCGCGGUCGGCGGCAUAGCAGGCGUAGCAGCAGCAGCUUGUUUGGCGAUAGUAACGAAUUCGAGGCCGCUAUUAAGGAGGACACGGCGAACGGGAGUUGCAGCGCGGGCGAGGGGAAGAGAGGCACGAGCAGCAGCAGUACCACGGGGGUUAGUAGCAGCACGGGAUUCGGUAGUCCCCGUCUCGCCCCUAGCCCCAGCCCUACCUCCACACCCUCUCCUCUCCCUAAUUACGCUUGCAAGAGCGCGGUUUCGGGUAUGUGCUCACACCCUUGUGCACAUGCGCCUGCUUGUGAACGCUGCAGCAGCGGUAACCAGAAUGAGUGCGUUAAGCAGAGUGAGCAGGUUAGCCAGAACGAGUGUGGUCAGCAGGGCGGUAGUGAUGAGGUGGUAGUGGAGGGGGGGAGCGGUGUGAGCAGCAGAGAGCGUGGGGAGAUGCGGCCGCAGCUAGGAGACGAGAGGCCGGGUAAGGCUGGUGCGGACGGGGAGGAGGACGGUACGAGGUGCGCGCAUAGAGGGGAAGAAGUGGCGGAAGCGAAGGAAGUGGAGAGCAGGGAUGGAGGGUGGGAUGGUGCACACGGCGGAAGCAAGGGCCUUGAGAGAGGAGCAGACAGUGGGGGUGAGGCUGCUCCUGCUCGUGCUGGUGGUGGGGGUGGUGGGGGUGAGGAGGAUCGAGAGCGAGAGAAGGGUGGUGUGGGAGAGAGUGGUGCGUUGUUAGACGAAGCAGCAGUAGCGGAAGCAGGUGUGCCAUCAGCAGGAGCAGCGGUUUUGCCAGCAGAAGCAGUAACAGCGGCAGAACUUGUGUCAGCAGGAGCAGCAGCAAUCUCGUCAGCUGAAGCAGCGUCAGCAGCAGAAGUUGAAGCAGCAUCGGCAGAAGAAGCUGUAUCAACACAAGCAGCUGUGUCAGCAGCAGCAGAAUCGAAGUCCCUGUCACCAACAGCAGUCACUGCAGCAGUUGCCUUGGUAGGGGCCGCGGCUGCAGUAUCAAGUGCCGAGGACGAGGAGGAGAGAGGAAUGGGAAGGGUGAGAGGAGAAGGCUUGGGAGGUGGUGGCUUGGGAGGUGGUGGCUUGGGAGGUGGUGGCUUGGGAGGUGGUGGCUUGGGAGGUGCGGAAGCCAACGGAGGUGAUUGGGAAGGCGGCGUGGGAGGUGACCAAGGGGGCGACUGGGCUGCUGCUCUGGUGGGGGAACACGUGGAGGACGAGGAGGAGGAGGAGGAUGAGGGGGAUGAGGAGGAGAAGGAGGGGGAGGAGCCAGGGGAGGAAGAGGACGAAGUGGAGGAGGAGGGGGAGAGAGAGGAGGGAGAGGAGGGAGAGGAGGGAGCGGAGAGUGAAGGGGGAGAGGAGGGUGAGGAAGGGGAGGAGGGAGGGGAGGUGGUGUUGGAUCAGAAGGGGAGGGAACAAGGAAAGGAGGAAGGGAGCGAGGAUGGAAGUGAGGAGGAGAGCGAGGAAGAGAAGGGGGAGGGAGGAGAGGGAGGAGACGCAGAGGGAGAGGCAGAGGGAGAGGCAGGAGGAGCAGGGGGAGAAGUUGAUGGGGGUCAAGGGAAGAGUGAGGAAACUGGGAGAGCUAGGGGGAUAGCGAGCGGGGGAGGAGGAUGUGAGGGGGGGAAGGAGGUAUUGGAAUUGGCUAAAGCGCCACUUGAGGGUGGGGAGAAUGAUGGGGACUUGAAUUUCCAACGCAGGAAGGAAGGGGAGGCACGGCACGAGAAGCAGGUGCCCAAGGAGGGAUGUAAGGUGAAGAACAAGCAUUGGGGCAGGCACCGGGCUGUAUCGGCAGACGAGAGGGAGGCGGUUGAGGGGGCAGGUGAGGGGGACGUGGGCUGGAGAAAGGGAAAAGAGCAGGUGUGUGAAGGUGGAGUGGAUAUACAGAAGCGGAGGAAGAAGCGGGUGGGGGAGAAGCGAGGUGGGGAAGCAAGGCACAGGAAGGCAGAGGAGGGGGGGGCGGACGGGGAGGGGAGACGGAGGGAGAGGAAGGCGAAGGAGCAGAGGCGAGAAGCAGCAGGGAAUGAGCACGAGCUCAAGCAUAAGGAUAGGACCGAGCAUAAGCACAAGCAGAAGCACGAGCAUAAGCACGAGCAUAAGCAGAAGCAUGAGCAUGAUCAAGAGCAUGAGCACGAGGGAGCAAGAGGCACGAGCAGCGGCAGGAGGAAAGUGCCCAAGGCAGAGAGGCCUGCAACCAGUGAGCGAACCACGGGGUCCCGGACUCUCAAGCCCGGGUUCGGGAGUGAGAGAGGUAAGAGUGCGGCGGCGGGAGCAGGAGAAGCAGGGGGGAAACCGUCUCUUGCCACGCUGCUUGCUGCGUGCCGCUCCUCCUCCUCCCGCCCUCCCUCCCGCGCCUCCUCCCGGCCUUCCUCCCGCCCAUCCUCCCGGCCCUGCUCGCCCCCAAAACCACCACCGCCAGCAACAGCACUAGCAGCAGCAGCAGCAGCAGCAGCAGCACAUGCAAGCAGCACUGCCGCCCCUGCUUCCUCUGCUGCUGCCAAUGGGCUCCACAUCACCAGCACCAACGCCAGCAGCAGCAGCGGCAGCGGUGGCAGUGGUGCGUCCGCCGCCUAUCCUCUAUCCUUAGGGAGGCGGCUGUCCGCUGAUACUGCCUUUUCUGAGCAGCUCCUCAGGGCCAUGGAACAGGCCGAUCCCCGGUUAGGAGGUAGGCGUGAAUCCGUGGGUGAGCGUGGGAGUGGGAGUGCUCCUGUGGGUCCGUCUGUGAAGGGUGCUGGGGAUGAGUACCAGCAGGGGCAGUAUCAGCAGGGGCAGCAGCAGAGGGAGAGAUCCCAGGAGGCGUGGGCGGACGCACCGUCCUCUGCCAUGUUUGUGAAGGUGCUCAGCUUGGACAGACGGACGGCCAUGAUGGGCCGAGGCGCGGGCACUGCUGCUGCUGCUGCAAGAGGAAGGGAAAGGACGCAUGAAAGGAGCUUUGGACGAGGGGGAGAGGGGGGGCCAGGACACAUGGACGGCCGUUCUCUUCCUCUGUCCUCACACCACCCUCACAUCCCACCCCACCAUCCCCCUCACCUGCACCCUCCUCUGCCCCCCUCCGUUGCUGCUUCUGCAUCCUCGCCUCCUGCUGCUUGUGCCACCAACCCUGAUACUCCCAGCAGCACUGCAAUCAGCCCUCCAUCGACAGCAACCCGCACCUCCCCUUCUACCGCCUUUGCGGCCUCCUCCACCUCGUCUGCUCUCGAGCCUACCGCUGCUCGUCGCCUGCUUGGCAGUCGCAUGGCAGCACAGGCUCUUGCUUCCCCUGCCACUGGCGCCACCUCUCCUUCAUUGUCUCACCCCACUGCUGCUGUCGCCACUGCUGCUCCCGCUGCUGCUCCCGCUGCUCCCGCUGCUGGUGCUUCUCCAUUUCCGUUGUCCCGCCCGCCGAUAGCAUCGUUCCCUUCCUCUCGCUCCGUGGGUGGUGCUUUUGCGCCCUCCUCCCGCCGCCCCUCCACUGCUUCUACCUAUGCAGGGGGCAUGACAGAUAGCAGCACAUGGAGAGCAUGCAACAUUGGCGGGGGAAGGAGAGCGGGUGGCAACAGGACCAGGGACCUACGCAGGGUUAGCGAGGGGAGGAUUGACAGCGAUAGUGACAGUGGGAGUGACAAUGGCGAGGGUGCUUAUGGGAGGGAGGAGGACAGCAGUGACGGUUUUUCCUCUGAUGGUUUUGACUCCCCUUCCCCGUCUCGUUCUCACGGCGCGUCUGCUGCUGCUGCACCCUCGCUUACCCCGCCUCCUGGCUCGAGUUACCAAAGCUCACGUGCCGUGAGGAGGAGAGGAGGAGGGAGGGAUACCCGAGGGGGGGAUGACUUGGAGUUUAUGGCAACGCACUGGCCGCUGCCUGUGCUGCUGGAAAGAGGCAGCCCGGCGAGGAGGCAGGGAGAGGUGAUCGCAGCACGAGUGGUGGUAGAGCGUCAGCAGAGGACUGGGCGGGUGCAACAGAUGGGACGUGAGAUGGAGCAGUGGGGAGAGGAUGAGGAUAGGGGUGGGGAAGAGGGAGAGGAUGAGGAUGGGAAUGGGCGAGGAGGAGUGGUAACAAAGCAGGGGAUGCUGAAGGAGUUGUACGGGCAGGAUGAGGAAGAUGUCCAAGGGAGCAGGGGAACAAGGGAGUGGUGUACGGUGCAACACGGGGAAGAGGAGGAGGGAAAGGCGGACGGGGAUGCAGGGCAGGAGGGGGAGGAGCAGAAGGGGCAGCAGGAGAAGCGGGCACGGCUGGCUUUUCAUGUUGCGAUGAUGAACAUGGAGUAUCUAUCCACCCUAUCCUACCAAAAACACUGCACCGCACAAUAUUGAUAGAAAAUUUGCAGGGUGAUUUCUUGCCAUGCCCUAUUACGCGUACUGUACUGGCAACUUGGAUAA